ACAGAGACAGGUUACUAUUAUCUAAGUCACAUUAACAUACAAUGAGCCAUUAUAUCAGCAUCUGAGUCCUAACCUUGUUAUGAAAGACGAAAUACCCUAUGCAAGGUCUUGGUGCGCGUAAGUCGGAUAAAAAAAUUUCUCUUCUGUAGAUUUUUGAAAGACAAUGCCAAAAAUGACAAAGAAUCCAAGCAAUAUGAAUCAGCAGGACUGCUUCUGAUGACAAAUGGUUAUUUAAGUAACAGUUCAAACAAUGUGCAAUAUAAAUCAACUUAAUUUUAAGAACAAAAUCGCAUUUUUGCUCUAAAUAUAUCAUGUCGCAACCUAAAGUCUACGUUGUCAUUUAUACUGUUUAUCAUCACGUUCACAAAUUAGCUGUGGAAGUUCAAAAGGGUUUAGAAUCAAGUGGUGUUGCUACGAAAAUGUUUCAAGUUCAAGAAACUUUACCUGAAAGCGUAUUGAAAAACAUUCAUGCUCCUCCCAAGCCUGAUUUACCUAUCAUUAAGCCCGAACAAUUAAGUGAGGCAGAUGGUAUUCUUUUUGGUUUCCCCACAAGAUUCGGUUCAAUGCCUAGUCAAGUCAAAGGUCUUUUAGAUGCUACUGGUGGUCAUUUUGCAAAAGGCACAUUACAAGGAAAAUUUGCAGGUACCUUCUUUAGUACUGCUUCUCAGCAUGGAGGUCAAGAAACAACUGCUUUGACAACAAUUCCUUACUUUGUUCAUCAAGGCAUGACUUAUGUUCCUCUUGGUUACCCUUCUGCUUUAUCUGACAAAUUAAACUCUAUGGAUGAAAUUGUAGGUGGUUCUGCUUAUGGUGCAGGUGCCAUUGCUGCAGGCGAUGGUUCAAGAGACGUGUCUGAAAAAGAACUUGCCAUUGCUCAUUAUCAAGGCAAGAACUUUGGUGAAAUUAUUAGAGCAUAUGUUAAGGGCAAGAAUGCAUUUGCUGUUGAGCAAAAAUAAAGGAACUCGAUAUUUAUUAUAUUAGUA